AUGGCCCAAUUACCAGAACACCUCAAAACCUCCGUCGAAGCCACUAAGGCGCACUACAAACGCCUAGGAAACUCCGGUCUCCGCGUCUCAGUCCCAAUCCUGGGCGCCAUGUCCAUCGGCUCCUCCAAAUGGCAAAACUGGGUUCUAGACGAAGAUAAAGCCCUCCCGCUUCUCAAAGCUGCCUAUGACAGAGGUAUCAACACCUGGGAUACAGCAAAUACCUAUUCCAACGGGCACUCCGAGCUCGUAAUCGCCAAAGCCAUAAAACAAUACCAAAUCCCAAGACACAAGAUCGUCAUUCUCACAAAAUCUUGGGGUCACGUACUAGAUACCCCCGAAGGUCCAGCGUGGUUAUUCGGGGAUGCGUUGGAUAAAUCCAAAGAUUUCAUCAACCAAGGUGGAUCGUCCAGAGCUGCUAUUUUUAAUCAAGUGGAGAGUUCGUUGAAGAGGUUGGAGACGGAUUAUAUCGAUUUAUUGCAGGUUCAUAGGUUUGAUUAUGAUACCCCCAUUGAGGAGACCAUGAAGGCUUUGCAUGAUUUGGUGCAGAGUGGGAAGGUUAGGUAUAUCGGGGCUAGUAGUAUGUGGGCUACGCAGUUUGCGAGGAUGCAGUUUGUGGCUGAGAAGAAUGGGUGGACAAAGUUUGUGAGCAUGCAGAAUCAAUAUAGUUUGUUGUAUAGAGAGGAGGAGAGAGAGAUGAAUCGUUUCUGUAAUGACACCGGCGUCGGUCUAAUCCCAUGGGCCCCUCUUGCUCGUGGCCAUCUCGCUCGUCAACCAGAAGAUUUUGGCGCAACCGACCGCUCCGCCUCAGAAAAGAAAUUAAGUCACCUACCAUUCCUUAGAAUAGGAUCGGAAGAAGUAGAUAAGGAAAUCGUCAAGAGAGUCAAAGAAAUCGCUGACAAGAAAGGGUGGAAGAUGAGCCACGUGGCUUUGGCUUGGAUCAACAAGCGCAUUUCGGCACCUAUCAUUGGCUUCAGCAGCGUCGAGAGAAUCGAUGAGGCUCUUGAGGCUAAUGGAAAAGAGUUGACGGCUGAGGAGGAAAAGUACUUGGAGGAGUUGUAUAUUGAUAGAGCCGUUACUGGAUUUACUUAG